AGAUGCUUUUACCCAAAGCGACAGGCCCAGCCAGCCAGGCAAUUGAGGUUAGGGGACUUGCUGAAGGGCUCAGUGGUGAAAUCACUCUGGUGACCCCAGCACUAAAACUAGCAACCUUCCAGUCAGGGUCACCGCUUCCUAGCUUCAGAGUUGGUAGUUGAAAUCCCAUCACCUGUCUGAGGUUUACUCCUGCAUUGUGCUCUAUGAUAAACUGCAAUAAGCUCCGGGACUUCCCCACAACCCUGUACUGGCUGAGUGGUUAGAAGAUGGUUAGGUAUAAGCAGUAAAACAUGUAAGAGGGUCUGUGCGAUAGAGUGACAAACAGCAUUGAGCAGUGGACAAUAAUGUAGUCACUUAAGAUAUAGUGAAUAUGACUAGUGAUGCAAUGACAAAUGUGUUAUUGCUAUUCUGACUCAGAAUACAAACUUAAUUUGCUCAUGUGCGUCCUGGUUUUGCUUUGAAAUGGAGUGUGAUGUGCUGGACCAAUUAACAAACAUUUUCUUGUCAGCUCAAAACCAUGAGGGUUGAAUGGGAACAUGGUGUUGUGCAUUUGUUUUCUUUUUGCCUACUCAUAGGUUGACAAAUUUACCAUCUUGUAUUUAUCAUUGGCACAUACACUUUUAAAAUUGGUUUUGCUUUUUGUUGUAUGAGAAUGCUGAAUCACAAAAGUAGUUCUGUUCAUUCAGUGCAGAGUGAUACAAUGAUCCAGAGUGUCUGGGCUCUAAAAACUGGCAUUGGGUUUCUUGGCAAAGGGAUGGAUUGCGGGUGGGGUUAGGGAGGGGCUGGUGUGGGGGUGUUUCAGGGAAACACUGGCCUGCCUUUAUGCCAUAAUCCUUCUUUGCUUUUCUGGAAUACAUGAAUAGCCUCAGAAUCACUGACUCAAUUUUUGGAUCUAAUUUUCAUGACAAAGCGACUGUCCCAUUUAUAAAACCCAGUAGGGUAUAAAAAUGCCCAGCAGGCUAGUCUGCCCCAACGCCAGGGAGACUUCAGAGAGAUAACCCCAGUGUGUUUGAGCCAUGUCAAAAAUGGGCCGGGUGAGUACAGGAGCUUCAUGCACCUCAGUGACUCUGUUAAAAAAUAACAAUUGGGUGCUUUAGCCAUUGGUGUCAGUCGACAGAGCAGUAAUGACUACAGGUGAACCUGGAAUGAUUCUGAGCCUGACACAUUUUCUUUACUAUGCGCUAACAGAACCCUUCAUCGAUAUUGAUCUGUGAUUAUGCACAGUCAAGAAAAAGGACUGAAAGCUUUGUGUUGGUCUUUGACCUUUUAUAGCCCAUGACGCCUGCUUGCUUUCAUGCUCUAUUGAUGUCAUGGAAUUGAACCUUUCAGCCAGAUUAUCUUUUCAGGGCAAUGCUGUUUUCCUAAUGAAUGCCUACAGGCAAACUUAGUAUUCUACUUACAGGAGAGUUGUAGCACGCAGGCAGUAAUUCAUGCCCGAGAUGCAAAAACCGAUGUCGCCAAUCCUCUCAACUUCCAAGGCAUGUCACAUGGCACAAAUCCUCUUCAUCUAAGCAAAAUUCUGUUUAUUGCCAUUUGCAUCUUCUCCCUUCCAGAUCAUCUUCUAUGAGGACAAGAACUUCCAGGGCCGUCGGUAUGAAUGUGACAGCGACUGUACCGACUUCCAUACCUACCUGAGCCACUGUAAUUCCAUCCGUAUCGAAAGCGGUGUUUGGGUUGUGUAUGAGCGCCCCAACUACAUGGGUUACCAAUACGUGCUGACCCGUGGGGAGUACCCUGAAUACCUGCGCUGGAUGGGAUUUAACGAUCGCCUAAGCUCCUGCAAGAUGAUCCACAUUGCCACUGGGAGCCAGUACAGGAUCCAGCUCUAUGACAAGGCCGACUUUGCAGGACAGGUCUUCGAGUGUAUGGAGGACUGCCCCUCCCUUCAGGAGCGCUUCCGCAUCAGAGAGCUCCACUCAUGCAAGGUGCUGGAGGGGGUGUGGGUCUUCUACGAGCACCCUAACUACCGCGGGCGCCAGUUUCUGCUGGAGGAAGGCGAGUACCGCAAGCCUGUGGACUGGGGUGCCGCCUGUCCCACGGUGCAGUCCUUCCGCCGCCUCAAAGAGUGAUCCCUGCCGAGGCCCCCUGCCCCCACCCCGAAUACCCCCAACGACUUAGAAUAAUGACUCACUUAAGCACUUGUUCAAUAAAAAACUGAGUGGCAAGCA